AAGUAGGUCCAUUAUUAGCCCAAACCAUGUGAACCUCGCUGGGAAAACAAAAAGCAACCGACGCGUGAAGCUCAGCUCCCCAAACGCCCGUGCCAAGAUAGAGAGAGAGCACCUAGUACUGUACCGUUCAGUCAAGCACUUCCUUCCCUCGUCAUCUCCGUUGCUUCCAAAUUACGUCAAAACGCACCGUUUUCUCCAUUGAAAGAGAAUUUCCCCAGUUCUUUCUUAAAAAAAGCGCUCUUCCUGUUAAUUCAGUUCAAUCUCUUAUUUUCAAUGGAGGAAUCAUCGUAUUCAAAUCUUGCUACAACUCAUUUACUCGGCUCAGUUCCCGCUGUUGUCAAUGAAGAAAAGAAAGCCUCGUAUGAAUUUCCAGGAGCGAAUAUGCAAAUUUUCCUGCCAAAUAAUGGCAGCGGAGGAGGUGGCGGCCCAGGUUACCAAACUCUUAGAGCUCCAACUGAAGUAUUCCAACAACAGCCACCAAAAAACUGGAAGGGGGUGUUUAGUAUCUCGUCAUACACACACUAUUUUAAUGUGGAUACAGAUGUUGUCAUUAACAGAUUGAUAAGUUCCUUUUAUCCUGUUGGUGGAGAUUUUUUCAGAAAGAUUGAUGCUAACCUUGAUCUGAUUGGUUUGCAAAUCUAGCUUCCUUGAUUUCAAAGACUGAUCAAAAAGGCCAACAAUUGCAAGGUGUUAUAACGUAUAGAUCCGUGAACUACCACUAGAUAUGGAUUAGAGAAGUUUUCACCAAUAUUUUUUGUUUAGGUGUGAUUGGUCACCUAAUCGAAUCUGAUCCACGAAAUUGGAUUUUAGGUUCGGGAGUAUGGUUACGCAUGAGAAAUGUUAUAGCACCUUCACAACGCUCAUCUCAAUGAUAGUAGCAGUUUGAUUUUAAGUUAUCCAAGCCUUAAAAAUAUUUAUGCUUUACCAAAAUAUUUAAUAUUGAAAAUUAAUGU